AUGUCUGCGACUGCUGCUGUACGAAACGACGGACAGCCCGCCCGCGACCAGCCCUUGUCGGCGUCGAGCUCGUCGUCUCACACUCUCUCCAGAGUUCUACAUCCACUCCAGAACUUGAAUUUCCCCCAGCCGUCGUCGUCGUCGCGCACCGGGGCUGCAAAACCCUCGCGCCCCGUCUAUUUCGCGCCUUAUCCGCCCCACCAGCAGCUCAAACUCGACGUAUGCACUCCUGGAAGCUCUUCCUCGCGUACGGCAGCCUCGAGCGCGUCCCACGUUGGCGCCGCCGACCUUCAGUCCCCCAACCGCGCCGCCUUUGUCGCCCAGUAUGACUAUGUCGAGAUGAAACUCCAUGGCUCGCGUGAUCAACGUGACGAGCUAGCUAAGAAGCCCUUUCCAGGCGAACCAGGGGUUAUUUACCAUUCUCCUUCCAACCCCAAUGUCACUUACGACACCAUUUUUCAAACCACCCACGAUUUUAUCGACCUCGCCGAGACUAUUCGAUACUAUCCGACCUUUGUCGAUCUCCCCCUCGAACUUCGACCGUCAAAGACUCGUUACGAUGCAACGAAGAACAGCGACGAUCUCAUGCUUCGCGUUCGCUGCCUCUUUUGUCGUGGUCGGUUUGGUGGAAAGAAUGCAAAGGCUAUUUGGGAACGACACGUGAAGGAGCACUGGCCCAAACCUGACCGCGUAAGAGACACAUACAAGGAAGAAGGCAGACGACCAGUCCGCCACAUUCAGAAGCGUUCGACUGGGUCGAGCUCGCACGGCCGCAACCGAUCAAGUGAUAGUGCAUGGAUGCCUACCGGAAGGCAUGUGGAUCAUUCGGAUACCGAGUCGUAUACGUCAGACUCUUCCCGUGCAUCGAGCGUCGAACCUCCGUCUGCGGUGCAGGUUUCCAUUGCCAGCCCCGUCUACUUCUCCCAUGUUCACCAAGAGGCCAUUCGUGUCCACGACGAUGCAGAUACAGAGGACAAUGCGACCCCCGCGAAGAGUCAGGCUCCCCCGCUUCCCAAGUCUGCUACCCGUCGGCUGGUUCGAUCACCUUCGCCAGACUCUUCGGAAGAAGAAACGGAGCAAGAGACCAAUGACACCGUGGUUCCUCCUAUUACCUCUUUGGGCUACUGGAAUAUUGUGUUUGAUCGCGACUGCUGGUCACGCGCAUCACGUAUUUGCCCCUCCAAGCCCGACAUUAUCUCCUCCCUCGAGGCCGCUGCCGCAAAGCUCGUCCUCGGUACCACCGGGCCUGCGGUUUCAACAACUACAGGUCCUACUCUUACAGCGACAUCCACCCUCUCCACCGUCGAAGCCACUGAGAGUUCGAAGGCGACGACAGAAGCUGCUGCCACACCCCGCCGCCAGUUCGCUCGCAAGCGCAGUCAUUCGCAAAGCGAAGAUAGCGACUCUGCCGAAGAGAUGAUGCAAGUCUUUGUCUCGCCAGGCCAGAAGCGACGCCGCGUCGGCGGCAACUCGUGCAGCAGCAGCGACGAUUCCAAUAGCGGAUCCAGCGGAUAUCACUCCAACUCGGACCGCGAGUCUAUGUAG